AUGGCGCGGAUGUGUUCAUCUGUGAUGAUGAUUAGAAGAAACUGGCGCUGGUAUAUUACAGUAGCAUUACUAUGUAUAAUUAUAUGGUAUUCAUUACCAUUAACCAGUGUAAUGACCUGUCGCAAUCCUGAAAGCACAACAACCGAGCCACAUAUUAUUUAUGGAAAUGAACAGAAUGAGGUACAAAUCCUGAAAAAAGAGAAUGUGGAACCAAGCCCCACGAAAAUAAAUGAAAGAUAUUUGGUAUAUGUGUGCGAUGACAAGAAUAAAUGUGGUGGUUGGGGUGACAGACAGAGGGGAAUAGUUUGUUCAUUUUUUCUUUCUAUGGUGUGGAAACGGACAUUUAAAAUUGUGCUCACCUCACCAUGUGAUAUUAGACCCUAUUAUCAACCUACCAAAGAAUAUAAUUGGAUAUUCACCGAAGAGGAAUUAAAAGGAUUGCAAUACAAAACUAAUAAAACUCUUAAUUACAUGGCAAACUGUACACUGUUGAACCUAAACCUGAACGAGUCCGAAACAGCAGAGGUGUUGUAUGUAAAAGCCAAUUGUUACAGUUAUGAAAAGAUAGUAAAGAAUUAUACUAAGUUUUUACCAGAUUUUUUAAAAAACAUACAUUACAAAAAUCGUGCAUUAAUUUUUCGAGAAGCAUGGAACAGAUUAAUGAUUCCCACAGAAAGACUUACGAGUCAAGUAUCGAAAAUAGAGUCCAGUGGCAAAAUAAAUCUGGACGCUAAAACAUCUGGGAAUGAACUAAUUUGUGCACAUUUAAGAAUUCGUCAUUGUGGAUAUUUUCCUCGCCCUUUUAAGGGAUUACCCCUUUCGGCUGUCUCUAAGAUUUGGGAUUUUAUUGAUGACAAUUAUCAUGAAAAAUCUAGGAUUUUUGUGGCCACAGAUGACCUCGAUGUCAGAAAAAGUGCUAUAUCUAAAUACGGUGCAAGGUAUAUUGGAAGUUACGCCAUGGUAAUACAUCCAGAUAAUAUGCGAUUCAAUUUAACAUUGGCUUGUAGUUCUCAAGAAGCUGCUUAUGUGGAUCAAUUGAUGUUAUCGAAAUGUAAUGUUCUUAUUUACUGCAGACGUAGCGGUUUUAGUAUACACGCUUCAUAUUUGAAAAUUAAAGGGGGAGAAAUAUAUACCAUCCAGGGGCACACCAACACCAGUGUUUCUCUGAAGAAAAGAACAACUUAG